AAAAAAAAUACCUGAUUAGUGGCACUGGCGUUCAUAUAACUAAGUAUGGUCACGAUCUAGUCACGCCUAAUAAUAGUAUGUUGUAACAAAUAUAAAAUUAAAUCUAUGCGAACACGUACUGAGUAGGCUGCGCAAACUUUUUGCGGUCCAAAUCUAGCGUGCAAUUUGCAUCACCAAAUCUAAAGGACAUGCCCGCCCACGGAGUCAUCUUGACCAAAUAUAAUGUUAAGGCUUUAUAACGAACGUUUGUUUCGCUUUGUUAUUUCGGCCUCGAGUGUACGCCCACAACCCACCAAAAUAUCAAGACCUCUAAUUUUCCUGUCAUUUGCGCUUCGCAGCAACAGGUGCUUUAGAAGGCGGUGGGAGAGGCGGACCAAAUUGUGCCGGUUUCCAAAUAAUGUACAUUUGUAGAUCUAGGAGUGGUUUUGAUGCGUGUUCCGAAGUCGUGUAUCUUGCAGAGUAUCGCAGCGUUGUAUUAAUAACAUCGAAGAACGACAGGGAAUUAAUAGUGACGCGUUAGAUGGAAAUUGAUUAGCUUUUACUACUACACCUUAGGUUUACGACGCUUGUAUCUGGGCCGAAUUAAGUUUCAACUAAAUUAUUUUAGUAGCGGAUGAUGUUGCAAAAGACACUUGAAUAGUUUGCGUGUUGUGUAGCAAUUUCGCUAUGUUGAUGGAUGACUUGUGUGGCUUCACAUACCUACGUAACUAAUUUAGGUGAUGCUUGCAUCUGUAUACUCAUUUAAUUAAGUAUGUGCCUAUGGAUGUAAAUUAUGAAUGUAAUCUCUCUAAACUAAUAGCUAAAACAUUAAUGACUUUCAAGACAUUAUGUACCUACAGAUGUUUUCGAGAUGAUGAUGGGCGUAUCAACAUAGUAGAUAAUAUCCGAAAUGCCAAGAUGAUCUGAUUGACUGAUAAUAUGUUUCUAUUUUCACUCAUUAAGCACAUGCGAAUUUAUAUAUAAUACUUAGUGGCCGAGCGAAGGAGUAGGUCUCAGUUUCAGCAUGGGCAAAAAUUCUUUUGUACCUAUGUCCGGAUGUUCACCUCUACAGGUCGCAUUUCUCAAUUGAAAUUCGUGAAACGUGGAGCAGGCUUGAUAAUUAAAUAUCAUUUGUCGAUUCGGAUUUUAGAGUUUUUUUUUUUCAAAAUGGCGGUGCCAUGGGGGUUCGAGAGGUCUACAGCUCACAGAGCCACUAGUACAAUCUAUGUUUAAGUAAGUUCUUAUGUUAGCUCCGAACUAUACAAAAUUAUAUUACGUAGGUGCAGCUACUAAGUACUAAAGAUGGUGGGCUGCUAUAUACCCUCUUAAUAAAAUAAACAACGCAGUCACAUUUAGUUACAUGAAGCUACACUAACAACAUGAAUAUUUAUCUCCGUGUAUCAUUAAUCGGCCCGUCAAACCAAACACGCCCGGACAGCUGAAGCGUGAACUCAUUACAGCGACAGACCUGAAACUACAUCUUAUCGGCUCUUACAGUCAAUUACAGUGACAUUACUACGAAGGGAAUGAAUCAGCAGAGUGGUUUUAUAAAGAGUAGUUUAUCUUUUAACAAACAUUUCUCACAAACAAAAAAACAAGUUAUGAUAUACGCUACAAGGGCACAGUUAUACUGGACAAGGAAGUGCUAGUAGUACUGCAUCCGAGAUUUAAACCCCAAAUGUGAAUUCCUAAAAGUUAAGAGAUAGGUUACUGCGUUCAGUCUUGAAACUGUGGAGGGAGCGCCCAACAAGUUGCCUAGAGUAUCGUGAGAUGCCGCCGCGCGUAGACGCGAGCGAGUGCGCCGAGCGCGCUACUCGCGCCCUUAAUACAUCCUUAUCAAUCCUUAUCAAACCUUAUCACUUACUCAUCGCAAACGAACUCCGAUCGAUUCAGCACACUCGCGAAUAUCCCGCUUAAUAUGUGAGAUUUAAUUAUGAUCAUGAUCAGGAAUAUUGUGUUUAAUUUGUGUGUUUAUGUGUUAUUGGAAUACGCGAGUGGCCAAGUGCCUCAACAAAUACAGAACAAAUUGGUCUGCAUUGAGCAUGAUUCGUGUGGUGCGUGUCUGUCGGCCGCCUCGCACUGCCGUUGGUGCGCGGACCCGUCUUUCAGCGCUGCUGCCAGAUGCAACGAUGACGAGAGCUUAGUGGCUAGUGGCUGCAAAGAAGACAUGAUCCAGAAGCCAGCGAUGCCGGUGUGGCAGGUGGCCGAGAACCGAUCCCUCCAAGAUGUGGAUUCUGACGACGUCGAGGCAGUGGUGCAGAUACAACCACAGAGGGUGCGGCUGUCACUCAAACCACGAGAGACCGUGAAGGUAAAAUUCUCAUAUAGACCUGCGAAGAACUACCCGCUCGACUUGUACUACCUGAUGGACUUGACGUGGUCGAUGAAGGAUGAUAAGGAGACGCUGGUCUCGCUCAGAGACGACUUGCCGAGCAUGCUGAAGAACCUAACUGAUAAUUUUAGAUUAGGUUUCGGUAGUUUCGCGGACAAACCAGUGCUGCCAUAUAUAAAUAUCGAUGAAAAACGCCGUGAGAACCCUUGCAACGUCGAAGAGGAAAAAUGUGAACCUACAUACAGUUACCGGCACCAUCUCUCUCUCACUAACCAGGUGACCGACUUCAUCAAGAACGUUAACGACAGCAAGGUAACAGCCAACCUGGACGACGCGGAAGCACAACUAGACGCCCUAGUGCAGGCCGUGACCUGCGGGGCAAAAGUAGGCUGGUCGCUACACAGCAGGAAGAUCGUCAUCCUGCUGUCUGAUGGGCUGCUGCACACCGCGGGAGAUGGGAAGCUUGGUGGAGCUAUCAGGAAAAACGACGAACAGUGCCAUUUGGACGAUAAUGGAUAUUACACCGAGUACUCCAUUUAUGAUUAUCCGUCGCUCGCCCAAGUCUAUAGACUCUUAGAUAAGUACAAGGUGAACGUAAUAUUCGCCGUGACGGAAAGAGUGAAGGAUCAUUACGACAGCAUUCACCAGCUGAUGGCCGAUUUCACGUACGUCGCUAAGUUGGAGAGUGACAGUUCUAAUAUAUUGAAGCUAGUCAAAACGGGUUACGAAGACAUCGUGAGUGUCGUGGAUUUUGAGGACGACUCUAGCGCAGGGCCAGUGAAGGUCAAGUACUUCACGGAUUGUGGAGUGAAAGGGGGCUCGCUUAUAGAGUCCACGCGGUGCGCCGGCGUCGAAUACGGCAUGACGCUUAACUACGAGGUCCAUGUCACAUUGGAGUCAUGCCCCGAAUACAAGAAGUCAAACCAAACGAUACGCAUAACGGAGAGUCAGCUAGGCCAGGACUCGCUGACGCUCGAGGUGGAGGUCCAGUGCGGAUGCGAGUGCGAGACUAACACCGAUCAGGAUUCGCGGACUUGUCCGGCCAACUCGCAUCUCGUUUGCGGCGUGUGCCAGUGCAAUAAGGGGUGGUCUGGCCCCUCAUGCGAUUGCUCCAUAGAGGACGAGGAGAAGUCCAUGGCGCUCAUCGCGCAGUGCCGCGCGCCGAACGCGACGCACUACAUCCCGUGCUCGGGCGCCGGCGACUGCAUCUGCGGCAUUUGCAACUGCGACCGCGGGUUCAACGGGAAAUACUGCCAGUGCAAGGCGUGCGAGAUUAAUCGGGAGAACGGCAUAGAAUGCGGCGGCGUCGGGCGCGGUGACUGCGCCUGCGGUCAGUGCGUCUGCGUUGAAGGCUGGAGCGGCAGCGCGUGCGAUUGCGUCGACAGGAACGACACGUGCAUCGCGCCGGGGGGAGGGGAGGUGUGCUCGGGGCGAGGGGACUGUGUUUGUGGUCGUUGCGAGUGCUCAUCCUCGGAGGAAGGCAGCAAGUAUACGGGGGCGUUUUGUGAGACGUGCGCAACGUGCGAGAACCCGCUUUGCGCGAACGCAGAGCCUUGCGUCUCCUGUUUUCUUUCCAAGAACUGUACUGAGGUGUGCAUCAUUGGAGGCAGCAACUACACUGUGGCUGAGAAACUCUCAGAGACAGUUACGGAAGGCAGCGAGGAAGUCUCCUGCAUUCUCCGAGUAGAAGAGGGCAGCCAGGAGUGUGAAUACAGGUACACCUACAGCGCUAGCACCCAAGAUAUGGUUGCCAUGGAAAUUGUCAUCCGCUCCAAGCAAUGCGGACAGCUGACAAGCGCCAAGCUCAUGACCAGUGCCCUAAUCAUCAUGGCCUGUGUUAUAGCAGGCGGUAUAGUCAUAAUCAUGGGCAUAAAGAGUGCACAAAUAGUGUCUGAUAGACGUGCAUAUGCUAAGUUUGCUCAGGAAGCGGAAAUGAGUAGGUUAAACGCUCAGGAAUUGAACCCGCUGUAUAUAUCGCCGAUCACUGAGUUCAGGUUACCGGAGAGUUUCCCUAGGGAUAAGAAUGAUUAGUUUUAAGAACUUUAAAGUGUGGUUUAUGACGAAUGGGGUAUGAUUUUGAGCAUUUCUUUUAUGUAUUCGUUUUUAAAAUAGAUCCCCAGUUGCGCCGGGUCGGAGGGUGUGUAUAUAAUUAUAUUACCUAUACUUAUAUCAAAAU